CACGCCACGCGACGCCGGGCGCGAGGAGGGGCGGGGUCCUUCUGCGGUCCGCGCGCCCGUCUGUCAGUCCGGCCGCGGCACGGCUGAGGGAAGGCGGUCAGCUCCGCGCGCUCGGCGGCGCCAUGGCGGAGCGAGGGUCGUCCGUCGUGGGCGGCCCCCGGGGCUCCGCGGCCGGCCCUUCGCUGCUCCAGCCGGCGCCCGGCGCCCCGCCGUCGAUGCCGCAGCCCUCCGCGGGAUCCCCGGCCCUGACGGCGGCGGCGGCGGGGACGUCCCAACUGCUGGCCCCGCCGGCGGUGCCUCCGCCGCAGCAGCCCUCGGCGUCGGCCGCUCUGCCCGCCGCUGGCCUGGGGGCUUCGGCCCCCGGAGGAGGAGGAGGAGGAUGCGGCGGCGGGGCGCCCCUGGCUCAGGCCCCGUCGGGGUCGGGCUCGGCGGCCGGGGGUCGCCCGGUGCAGAUGAACCUCUACGCCACCUGGGAGGUGGACCGGAGCUCGCCCAGCUGCGUGCCCAGGCUGUUCAGUCUGACCUUGAAGAAACUCAUCAUGCUGAAAGAGAUGGAUAAGGAUCUCAGCUCUGUGGUGAUCGCUGUCAAGCUGCAGGGUUCAAAGCGGAUCUUGAGGUCCAACGAGAUCCUUCUGCCCGUCAGCGGACUCGUCGAAACGGAACUUCAGUUGACUUUCUCCUUACAGUACCCUCACUUCCUGAAGCGGGACGCCAACAAAUUGCAGAUCAUGCUACAGAGAAGGAAGCGGUACAAGAACCGGACUUUCCUCGGCUACAAAACCUUGGCUGUGGGCCUGAUCAACAUGGCUGAGGUGAUGCAGCAUCCGAGCGAGGGGGCCCUGGUCCUGGGACUGCACAGCAACGUCAAAGACGUCUCCGUUCCGGUGGCCGAAAUCAAAAUCUACUCCCUGUCCAGCCAGCCCAUUGACCACGAAGGACUCAAGUCGAAGUUAUCAGAUCGCUCCCCGGACAUCGAUAACUACUCAGAGGAAGAAGAGGAGAGCUUUUCGUCCGAACAAGAAGGCAGCGACGAUCCAUUGCACGGACAGGAUUUGUUCUACGAAGACGACGAUCUUAGGAAGGUGAAGAAGGCCAGAAGGAAAUUGACCUCAACUUCUGCAAUUACUCGGCAGCCAAAUAUUAAGCAGAAGUUUGUGGCUUUAUUGAAGAGGUUCAAAGUCUCAGAUGAGGUUGGCUUUGGGUUAGAGCACGUUUCCCGGGAGCAGAUCCGGGAGGUCGAGGAAGACCUGGAUGAGCUUUACGACAGCCUGGAGAUGUACAAUCCCAGCGACAGCGGGCCUGAGAUGGAGGACACGGAGAGCAUCCUGAGCACCCCAAAACCGAAACUCAAGCCUUUCUUUGAAGGAAUGUCCCAGUCAAGCUCCCAGACGGAAAUCGGAAGCCUCAAUAGUAAAGGAAGUCUUGGUAAAGACGCCAGCAGUCCGAUCGAAGCCUCUUCUGGAGACAAACUCAAACCGAAUCGGACCAAAACCGAUGACAGCGUGAAUGAAACAGACAUGCAGGAGGGGAACGAGCAGGAGGCUUACGGGGACCUAUCCACCACCUUGCUUAUCCCAGAGAAAGUCAAGACGCCGAUGAAAACCAGCAAGGGGGACCUUCAAAACAUAGCCUCGCCUAGCAAAAUGGACAGCGCCGCGCACACCCCUCGUCAGAAACGCAGCACCCCGCUCAAGGAACGUCAGCUUUCCAAGCCACUGAGCGAAAGGACCAACAGUUCUGACAGUGAAAGGUCCCCAGACUUAGGUCACAGUACGCAGAUUCCUCGAAAGGUGGUUUACGACCAGUUGAAUCAGAUCCUCAUAUCGGAUGCUGCGCUGCCCGAAAACGUGAUCCUGGUGAAUGCCGUGGACUGGCAAGGCCAGUACGUCGCCGAUCUCCUGCAGGAUCAGAAGAAGCCCGUGGUUUGUACCUGCUCCACGGUGGAAGUGCAAGCUGUCCUCUCUGCGCUCCUCACCAGAAUCCAGAGAUAUUGCAAUUGUAAUUCCUCCAUGCCCCGUCCAGUGAAGGUGGUAUCGGUCGGAGGCCAAAGCUAUCUCAGCGCCAUUUUGAGGUUUUUCGUGAAGCAGCUGGCAAACAAGACGUCGGAUUGGCUGAACCACAUGAGGUUCCUCAUCAUCCCUCUAGGAUCUCACCCGGUCGCUAAAUACAUGGGCUCCGUGGACAGCAGAUACAGCAAUAUGUUUUUAGACACCUCUUGGCGUGAUCUCUUCAGCAAACCUGAACCACCUGCAAUAGACCCCCUGGAUGUGGUGGGCCGGAUCACCCAGUACGUGAACGGAGCCAACGUCACUCACCAGCUGCCUGUGGCAGAGGCCAUGUUGACCUGCAAACACAAAUUCCAAGAUGAAGAUUCCUAUCAGAAGUUCAUCCCUUUCAUCGGGGUGGUUAAGGUGGGACUUAUUGAAGAUUCCCCCGCAGCAGCAGGUGAGGGGGACGAUUCGCCCGUCAUCAGCCUGACCGUCCCCUCCACCUCUCCGCCUUCAACCUCGGGCCUAACCAAGGACGUCUGUGCCACCCCCCCGUCCUCCCCCUCAAUGACCAGCGGCUUGGCUGUGGUGGGCCUGAGAAGUUACGGCGGUUCCUUUGUGAAUCUCUUUCUCUGCCCGUUAUACAGCUGUGGGCUAGGCUCCCUCUUAUCCGAUCCUUCCCUAGGCAGCAUCCUAUCCCCCCACCUCCCAAGGUCUCCCAGCAGCCCUUACAGCGAUGUGAUUGGCCUGCAGGUGGAUUACUGGCUGGCUCAGGCCACGGAGAAGAGGAAGGACGGGGAGAAGAAGGACAGCAGCUCCAAAAACACCCUGAAGAGCGUCUUCCGCUCGGUCCAGGUCUCGCGGCUGCCCAACAGCGGGGAGACCCAGCCCUCGGGGACCAUGGCCAUGACGGUGGUAACCAAGGAGAAGAAUAAGAAGGUGCCCACCAUUUUCCUGAGCAAGAAACCCAAAGAGAGGGAGGUCGAUUCCAAGAGUCAAAUGAUUGACGGCAUCAGCCGGCUCAUCUGCUCGGCCAAACAGCAGCAGACCAUGUUAAAAGUUUCCAUCGAUGGUGUGGAAUGGAGCGACAUCAAGUUCUUUCAGCUGGCCGCCCAGUGGCCCACCCACGUCAAGCACUUCCCCGUGGGACUUUUUGGCACCAAGCCAGCCUGAAGAAAGAAAGAAAAAAAAAAAA